UGCUCUCAAAGUUUCAGAGUUAAAAAAAGGAUGAAGCUUGACGUGAAUGUGUUGAGAUAUCUUUCCAAAGAUGACUUUAGAGUUCUCACUGCUGUGGAGAUGGGAAUGCGAAACCAUGAGAUUGUUCCUUCUGAGCUCGUUGAUCGCAUUGCUGGUCUAAAACAUGGAGGCACAUACAAAGUCCUGACGAACUUGCUCAAGUAUAAGCUUUUGCAUCACGACCGCUCUAAAUAUGAUGGAUUCAGACUCACUUAUCUGGGAUACGACUUUCUUGCCAUUAAGACAUUGGUCAACCGUGGUGUCUUUACCGGUGUUGGUCGUCAGAUUGGGGUUGGUAAAGAGUCUGACAUAUUUGAGGUGGCUCAGGAAGAUGGAACGAUUCUGGCAAUCUGUGUUUUAAAUGGCGCAUGGCGAUCCAAGGCGAUAAGGUGUGUGCCUUGCGCCUUGCGCCAUGGCGCAAGAAAGCGCUCGCCUUGAAGACCCACUUGAAGACUACGUUAGUUAUGUAUCCGUGCGUAAUAUACAAAUUUCAUUCACGUGAUUUUGCCUUUAUUAAAUAGUUUUUAUCAGAAGAAAGCCCCAUGAGAUUAGAGAAGAGAGUACGUACUAACCUUAUGCAAAACACAGUCCGUGAGAUCCAUGUUUUGUUAAGUUUUUAACUUUGCUUUUCUACAAGAGCAAGCUAGGGUUUUGAUAAGUUUUUAGACGUUUGGUUUUAAGUUUGGUUUAAGGUUGGUCCAUUUAUUAAGUUAGGGUUUCUACGUGGUUUAGUAUCGGUUAACGUCAUCGUCUCCAUGGCUCGCCUUUGCGUUGCCUUUUAAGGCACCGCCUUAUGACCAAUGCGCACUUGGCGAGCGCCUUACGGAACCCACCCUCGCCUAGGAGGUACAUGGCGAUGGAGCCGUCGCCUGAGUGCGCCUCGCGCCAUGGCGCAAAAGGCGAGCGCCAUUUUAAACACAGCUGGCAAUGAAGUUGCAUAGACUAGGGAGAACCUCCUUUAGGGCUGUCAAAUCUAAGCGUGACUACUUGAGGCAUCGCAGUAGUUUCAGCUGGUUGUAUCUCUCCCGUCUUGCCGCUCUCAAGGAGUUUGCUUUCAUGAAGGCUUUGGAAGAACAUGACUUUCCUGUUCCAAAAGCUAUCGACUGCAAUAGGCACUGUGUUAUCAUGUCCCUUGUGCAGGGUUACCCCAUGGUUCAGGUGAAGCAGUUACAGAACCCUGAGACAAUUUUCGAGAAGAUUAUUGGCAUUGUUGUUCGUUUGGCUGAGCAUGGUCUAAUUCAUUGUGAUUUCAAUGAAUUCAACAUCAUGAUUGAUGAUGAAGAGAAGAUAACGAUGAUUGACUUUCCUCAAAUGGUAUCUGUUUCACACCAAAAUGCACAAAUGUACUUUGAUCGUGAUAUCGAAUGCAUCUUCAAAUUUUUUAGAAAAAGGUUUAAUAUGUCUUUCCAAGAAGAUAGGGAUGAGUCAGAGGUGGAAGUGGAUGAGAACAGCAGACCAUCUUUCUAUGAUAUAACUAAAGAUGCCAAUGCUUUGGAUAGAGAACUAGAAGCUAGUGGUUUCACUAAAAAGGAGCAGAAUGACCUUGAUAAAUUUAUUGAAGGUGGGUUGGAGAAGAGUACAGAUUCCGACGACGAGGAUGAGGAAUCUGAUGAUGAAGAGCAGGCGUUUGAGUCAAAUGAAGAAGGAAACCUAAGUGAAAUGAGAUCACUACAGUUGCAAGAGGAGGAACAGAAUAGAUCAGAUGAAGUUGAGGCAGAAGUUGAAUUGGAUGAUAGUGAGAAAGGCCAAAGCAGUGGAGAUGAAGAAAAUGAAGCUGGAAGAGACGAGGAGCUGGACAAAAAACUAGGCAAGCAAAGACGCAGAGCCAUGGCAGCAGCCAGGGGAGGUAGAAAGUCACAGUCUUCAAGAAACACAUACAAGGACAAGGGAGGCCGUUCCCAAAACUCCAAGAUCCACAGCAACAUGAGUGGCUGGUGAAGUGGUGAUAAAACUUUUCACAGCAAUUUUGAUACCACAAAACAAAACUGUGCAAGACGUUAAUGGGCCUUUCAAUGUUGUAAACGGGCCUAUUUUUUAAUCUCAUGUUGACUUUUUUUUUUCCGAUAGACAAGAAUCUAAAUACUAGAUGAAAAUUCAGUUUCUAUAUAGAAAAAAGAGUGAAUUUGUUC